UACGAACUUUUCAGUUCAUGAAUAUUCAUGAUGCGUUGCUGACGUGUUCAUGAAUAUUCAUGACCUUAUACACACCUCCAAACCACGCAGCACGCAUUUACACCUCACUAAAGAAUAAAGUACAGUUGCUUCUGUGUUUUUUGGUUUAUUGUCUUCUCAGCAACCCAGUUAUGUUUGCUAGCAAUGGCCCAGGGUGCCAUAGUCACCUGUACAAUUCCAUACGUUCAUAUCUGCACAAUCCGAACAGAGCACAGCCCAUUAUUGGUCUGAGCUCUAUCACUGAGGUGUUGACAUAUAAUCAGCCUGCAUUGUACUUUUGUGAUGUCUGCGUUUUGAGAAUAACCAAGGCUGAUAUCAGAAACCACAUCAUGGGCAGCAUUCACAGAUAUAAUUACAUUAAAUCUCAUCAUGCUCAUGGGUGGACAUCUGAUACAGACCUGACUCUUUUGGCUCGCCCUCUAAUGGAUAUCGCAAAAAAUGUUGAAAAGAAGGAGGGAACAGGUGACAUACAGGUUCUGAGUGUGGAUGAAGUCAUCUACAAGGAGAUGACAUCAUUGCCUGUUCCUGAUGCUUUUGCUCAGAUGAAGACGAUUAAGGAUCAGCAAAACUCUAAUGCACUUCAUUCGCUUGUAUAUAACAGCCUGUCUGAAGGUAAUGAAACCAGUGUUCAAGGGCAGCAAGAGUCUGACAAUAUAAAGGGGACUGCACAACUUCCGAAUUUAGGAUGUUUGGUCCCAACACAGCGUGUAUCUGCAACACCAUCGAGGUCAAAGUGUUUAAGUAUGAUUGAAUCUCAACAAGUCUCAACCAAUCCAACACCAAAUCCAACGCUCCAUAGAACUGCAGAUCCUGUUAAUCCAUUAUUCACAUGCCAGGAUGGAUCUACACCUCAGAGUCUAGUGGAUUCUCAUGUUUCAUCUAGAAUACCUUUUCUACAAAGCUCCCCAGCUCCAGUCUUCAGCCAGCACAUAAAUCAGCAUCAACCUGUGAUCCCAGACAGAAGCCCACAAAGAUAUAUAAUGCCAUUUGAAAACCAGUGUUUAAAUGAAGCAAGGUCAAUCUCUGUCAUAACACGACCAAGACUUUGCCAGAAUGACAUUGUGCAUGCUGGUGAAGAUGAUGACAGUUCUGUCCAAUCAUUUGGAGUCAGUUAUGAAUCACAUCCACUGCACCUGGCCCAAGUCACUCCAUAUGAAGUCCAGUUGCAAACAUCAUCUCUUUCAUUGAGCCAUGUGGUACCAGAAUUAACCCAGGAUCUAACCAACAGGCUUGGAUUUUUCAGGAAUGAAAGCUCACCUGAUAGUCCAGAGCCUGUAAGAGAUGUAGAGAUUGUUAUCAAGCAGAUCAGAACCCAAAUGCUAACAGAAGUACUGGAACCAGCUGCAACACAUGAUUUAAGUCAGUGUCAUGAUGAGUCUAAUUCACAGGAACCGGAACCAAUCAACACCAACUGGGAAGCACAUGAGGAGGCUCAAUCAGACACCUUAGCAGAAGACACCUUUAAGUUCUCACAAAGCCCAAUUGCCCAGUCUGCUCUUACUCAGACUCCUUCUGAUCAGUUUCAAUCAAUGGAAGAUUUUCUAGAAAACUACAAUGGUCAAAAGCCUCUUAUCGGUCUACAAGCUGUUAUCAAGUGCCAGAGUGUGGAUGGGAAUCCACCUCCAUGCUGUUACCUGUGUCAGCUGUGUUCAAUGAAGCUGAAGAGGAAAAAAAUAUUCAGCCAUCUGACUGGCUGUGAUCACCAGCGAAACUACUUAAAAGUGCUCCGUCCACAGCUCUUGCCUAAAAAGCGUAAACACUGCAACACAAAUGAGAUGCUUGAGAAUAUUGCUAUCCAGCUGGAGAAAGAGGACGGAAGAGGACGUAUAAAGGUGAUGAGGUUGUCUGCAUGUCUCAUAAGUGAGGUGCUGCAGAAGGAUUAUCACUGGUGCAUGAAGGUGUUGAACUGUGGAGCCGAUGUGGGGUGGAGAUCAGGUCUGUUGUCUUUCAAAGAAGGAACUAACAACACUACAGGUCCCAGUCAGACUCUUAAAUGCCCAGCAGAGUCUACGCUGCCCCCUUCUGAUAACAACACCACAGGUCCCAGUCAGAUUCUUAAGCGUCCAGCAGACUCUGUGCUGCCCCCUUCUGAUGCAUGGCCUUUUGUAGCUCCUGAUGGAGCUCCAACCCACCAGAUGUCCAAAAAAAUGAAGAAGGGUCAUCCUAACAAAGCAAUAUGUACAAACAAACUAAAGGAGCCUGUGUUUAAGGUAAGCCUGUCACUGCAGGAGGGACCUGUCAUCAUUGAGAGAACAUCUUUAAGAGACACAACCACAGUGGCGCCCGAGAUCGAAGACCAAAGCCUUACGACCACAUGCACAGACAAUGAUGCACUGCCUGUAGCAAAUAACACACAUUCUGAAGUUCAAAUGUGCAUUCACAGCUGUAUGUACGAGGAUCAGUUCAGGAAUCCUGCUCAUUAUGCAUACCCAGGGCAGUUUGACCCUUCUCAAGUUAUUCAAAAUGUCGAGCCUCCUCUCAGACCUAUGAACUGUGGUCCAGUGGAUGAGGUGGUCACUGUCGCGUAUGCUGAUUGGCCGGUACAGGACUGGUCCUGCUAUAACAACCAGUGGAUUAUGAUGAGGCAAAACAGCGUUGGAAGUGAUCACUAUGAGUGUGGAAGUUACAUACAGUACUAAUGAAAAAGAGUCUUGCAGCAGCACAUAUAGUUUGAGCACUUUUGCUGAUAAACGAUUUAGCAAAAGUAUUCCGUCCAAACAAUUUUGUUUAGUUUUUCAGUAUUACAGUACUUUUCAGUAUUUUUUUUAAACAGCCAGGUCUUUGAAGUUAGUAAAAGAUGGGAUGGAACCAUCACCGAAUUAUUAAACUCUUUUUAGUAAACUCAAAAAACUUGAAAGGGCUUCUACUUAAUUUAUAGAUCUUGUUUGUGCUUAUCUUUAGUAGUGCAGAAUAAUAUUCAAUUUGUCAAAAAAAAAAUAAAAUAAAAAUACGUGCUUUACAUUUUUUUUUUUUUUUUUUUUGUUCAAAAUAUAGAGGAUUUUUCAUCAGUAUGAUUAAUUUAGCUUCCUUCGUCAAAAAGACAUUAAUUAUUUGUUAGUUACUUCCUGCCUUAGUGAUGCAGUUUCAAUAUAUAUGUAGUAAAAUUUUAAAAUUGCAUUGCUGUGUCACUUAACAGACAUAAAUAUUCUCUGUUACAGGGAUUUUGUAACCAGAGAAUAUAUAUAUCUGUUAACUUGCAAUCAUUAACUUUGAAUUAAUGUUGAACAACAUAUCAUUGUUUCUGGUGUACUGUACUGUCACAACUUACAUCAACAAGAAAUACAGACAGACAUGCAUACAUUAGUGACUUUACAAGAAAGAUUCCUCUCAGAUUUAAAGAAAAAAUGUUUAUAGACAUUCAUAAGAUAUAUGGUUGUUGUUUUGGUUAUACAUGUGAAAUGUAUGCUGCCUUUAGUUCAGAAGUAUGUGAAUCUACGAGAGUCACAUGCAGUUCAAGUUUGUUUUUUUUCCCUUGAUGUGUGAAAUGUAAUCAAGUUGCAUUAAUUAAUUUAGGGAGACAUUCAACAGUGUUGACUGUUUAGUUCUGUUUAAUCCAAAAAUGCUUUUUUCCUCAACAUGCAUGAACAUUGUUGUAUUGUUCAUUUUGUUUCUUUCAUUUUAUACGGGAUAAGUUAGUAUUGUUGUUAGACCAAGAGUACUUAUUUUUAGAAUCAGCCAGGAACAUUUUGACAAUAUUUCUUAAUUUUUGUUGUGGCUGUAAGAAUUACAUUUAAAGUCCAUGUUAUUACAAGUGUUAAUAUAAAAAAAAGUAUUGUAAUUAAUUGUUUUAACAGCAAAUUCCUAUUUCUUUAAUAAAAUUCUAUUCACAAAUC